AUUAAGAUAAUGAGGCAAGACUAUAGAAAUGUAAGAUGGCCAUAUGUUUGCCAAGGCAUGUCCUUAAAUUUUUCCAAAGUCAAUUGGCACAGUCAUUAACCAGCAGUAAUAUAGAAGCCGAUCGAGCCUUAUUUUUGUGGAGGAGUGUGGAGGGUAAUUAACAUACCUCCACAUUAAUUAACAUACCUCCAAAUUAAUUAACAUGCAUCCACAUUAAUUAAUAUACCUCCACAUUAAUAUACCUCCACAUUAAUAUACCUCCACAUUAACAUACCUCCACAUUAAUUAAUAUACCUCCACAUUAAUUGAUAUAUCCACAUUAAUAUAUCUCCACAUAAUUUAAUAUCCCACAAUAAUAUACCUCCACAUUAAUAUACCUCCACAUUAAUAUACCUCCACAUUAAUUGCGGAGGGUAAUUAAUAUGCAUGACGUCGAUCACGCGGGCAAGCUUGGGCAAGAUCGGGCAAGAUGGCCACUUUAGCGUCCCUCCACGAGUGUGAUACAAAAGAGGGAUUAAGAUUGACUUACUAUGAUUGGUUGUUUGAUUUAACGACUUUUAUACAAGCGUCUGUAUAAAUUCAAAAAGCGUCUUGUAACAAGCGUAGUUCUACAUUUUACAAUGCUUAGUUCUGCAUCAGUCAUGUAGUGUCUACAUGGUAAAACCGCGUCUUACAAUUUAUUGGAAGGAAUAUAUGCGUUGAAAUACUUUGUGCGGAAUCCUGUAAUGGUUGUCAAGUCGGUCAUCUUAGUCAAGGGCAACGAUGGCAAAUGUAUGGUUUACAAGCGAUCGAACGAGUGAAUGCUAAGCGGGUGGUUUGGAGUGAAUUCCCUCAGGCAAUGAGGGUACUUAAACUGAGGGUUAACAGAGAUGUCCUAGAACAUUUACAGCAACUGGAAAAAGAUCCAGAUUCUAUGUUUGUCGAUUCAUUGAUGGAACUACAUCAAAACACUGAGAACCACGAACUACAAUGUAUGCUGAACUAUUUGUUUCAUUGGAGAUUAUAAGACCCGCUCGAGUCAGUAGCUGAAACGUUUUUCUCUUGCCCACCUAGUUACUUGUAUUCUGUGAAGGUGACGGGUAAACGAUUUAGAAGUUUUGAGGCAGAUCAUAAGAAAGCUUAUCAAGAACUCUUGAAGAAAAAAUUUUAGAACAGUUGUAAUAUAUUUUGCCAUAAAACAAUAUUUUUUUAUCGUUAUAUACGUUGCUAUGCGUUGCCAGUCAUUAAUUUGCGAUGCUUGGGUGCAUGCAUAUACGUGCAUGCGGGUGGGUUAGGCAAAUCGAGCGGGCGGGAAAGAGCGUGCUUUGCAGGAAAAAAUUUACACAAGAAUUUAGAUUUAAAACACAUUUAUUUCUUCAAAACGUUGUACAAAGUUAUGCUUCUAAUAUAUGUUGACACUUGUUUCAGAAGUUUCGCUAUCAGAUUCGUCGUCGUGGCUGCUUUCAUCUUCCGUAAUCCAUUUGGUACGUCUUGGGACUGCUUUUAUGAGAACACAGUUUUAGCCUCUUUCUUGUUGAAAGAUUACUGCGUUGGUCUUGCCUCCUCUCGCUUCCACGCCCUGCUUGUUGUAGUAGGGCUUUAGUUGCUUUAACAACGUCACUUCCGUGAGUCUUUACAGAUUCUCUAACAUUUUUUUCCUUGGAGUACUUCUUGACCAACUUCUGUGGCUGCUUGUAAUGCUCUUUUGCCAACAACUUUAGCACCUUGUUAGAGAGGAUAGAGGCAUAUCUCGCAAGGCUCUUAAAAAAUUCCACCAAGCCCAUAGCCUCUUUGAAAACGUGCACCACGAUACCCAGUAAUAUUCCCACUACGUUGGUGUCUCAUGAAAUGGUCUCUCAAUUGUUUUUCGUCUACAACAAGUGUACCCCUCGACAUAUUGAUGUGUUCAGUUCAACUUCACACAGUUAACUGAUCAAAUAUCACUUUGUUCGCCUAUUUUAUGGUUAAAAGACUGCCUUUCAUUCGUUCUGACAUCUAUAAUUUUGCCUCGGCGACAAUGUGGACAGCUGGUGAAUACAUGCUUGAAAUCUCAUUUGGACAAUCGAAAUCACAGAUCAUACAGCGACACCUUUUACAAUUCCAAUAAAAUCUGUCCAUGUCAUACAGGGCAUGUACUCAAAUGGGAGAUGUAGAUAUCUUUGUUAGAACUGUUACAAGUUGCGUCAGCAUCAGAUUGUGUAUCCUGACGGAACCGCUUGUGGGCUAACACAGAAAGGACAUGUCCAUUUACGAUUAGGCUUUUAUCAAUUUCCAAUUUUGCAAGACCUUUUUAUAGAAAUGCUCAAUCCAGUUGGCUCGGGAAUAUCUGGAUGAUAAGGCGUCACACAAUAUUGCAGAAGUCUAAGAUGUCAGUUCCUCGUAUAUUAUGUCCUCUGUAAACGAUUUCUCCUUUUCCGUUCCAAGUCAAAAUCCCCGUAGACGUUAAAAUAGAAUGAAGGAUUUCUUCGGCUUCGAGUUCAUCAUCAACGUCAAGAUAUUUAAAAAUGUCUUCAAGUCUCCACUGUUCAAGAGCUGAUUGUUUGUCGCUAUCCAUGAUUAGAAUGAGGAGAUGCCCUUAAUGCUGAUUAUUUUAUACUAAUUGUGCAAGACCUUCUAUAAAAUUGGUCCAAAUACCAAUCCUAGAAAGCCACUUCCGCGCUGAACAAGAAUUUCCUUGUUUGUUCUAAAAUUUCUACUUUUGUCUGCUAAAUCAGCUAGAUUUUGUUUGAAAGGUCUGAGCAAAUCCUUCGCUUCUUUAGAGCAUGUGAAAUUUUCUAUAAAAUGACAGAAGCAUCAAAUUUGCUGAGCUAUUGUAGAAUUGAGAAGAGCUUGCUGUUGAUUUAGAUGAGACGUACAUGAGAGCUCUACAAAAGCCCACGUCAAAGUACGUCAUCUCUAUUCAAGAGUUCGAGCCUAAAUAGUUUAUUUACUCGAGAAACAAGACUUUAAAAAACGUUUUUGUGAUUAAAUCAUUGAAUCCUAGAUUGAAUCAUCAAGUCCUAAGAUUGAAUCAUUGAGUCCUAAAAUUGAAUAAUGGAAUCGUAAGAUUGAAUCAUUGAAUCCUAGAUUGAAUCAUUGAAUCCUAAGAUUGAAUAGUUGAAUCCUAAGAUUGAAUCAUUGAAUCCUAGAUUGAAUCAUUGAAUGCUACAUAGAAUAAUUGAAUCCUAGAUUGAAUCGUUGAAUCCUAAGAUUGAAUAAUUAAAUCCUAAGAUUGAAUCAUUGAAUCCUACAUAAAAUUAUUGAAUCCUAGAUUGAAUCAUUGAAUCCUAAGAUUGAAUAAUUGAAUCCUAAAAUUAAAUCAUCAAAUCAUAAGAUUGAAUCAUUGAAUCCUAAGAUUGAAUUUUAGAUUGAAUCAUUGAAUCUUAAGAUUGAAUCAUUUAAACCUAAGAUUGAAUCAUUGAAUCCUAAGAAUAAUCACAUUUGGGUAUAAAUAGUCGGCCAUCUUAAAAAUAAUUUCAUUCGGCGUUUUGUCACAGAGCAGUGAACAUGUCUCAUUCUUGCACAUUUUGUAACAAAUCAUUCUCAACUUCAAGUAACCGUUCGCGUCACCGAAAUACAGCUCACGGACCUUGCACCCCAUCCCAAUCCAGUAAUAGUAGUAGUUUAUUAAAUAUACAUAAAUUACAGUUUACAAACUGAAUUGAUUAUGUUUACAACAGGUAAUUUAAAAAAUUAUCACAAAAACUAUAUAACUAUUUACAAUAAAACUCAUUGUAACGACUAGCUGUAAUGUUAAUACAAAUAAACAUAUGCUGGAGUUUUUUUGUUAUUUUUACAAAAUUAAUAUUUACUUAUAAAAUCUUGUUUUAUAUAUUUUUGAAAUUUUUAAAUGAAAGAGACUUAACAUGAAAAUCAAUCGCAUUCCAAACUAUAGGUCCUUGAAAUCGUACGUUGAAUUUACCAUAAUUUGUUCUUAUUUUUGGGAGAUAGUAAGACUGUGUAGCCAGUGAACGUGUAUUAUAAUUAUGAACAUUUUCCACUGGCGUAAAAAACAAUUCAAAGGCAGGAGGUAACAUCUGAUGAUGAAAUUUAAACAUAAAACAUGGUAGAGUGUAACCUUCUCUGAGAUGGAUGGAAAAUAACAAAGUUUGACUUUUCUAUGUUUAAAGACAACCGGUUAGCACAAAGCCAAAUGUAAACCUUAUCUAACUCUUGGUUUAGGUUAAAUUCUAGAUUUUCUAAACUUGCGUUUUUAUAAAAUAAGUUGGCAUCGUCAGCAAAUAAAUGAAAGUCAAAUAAAAAUGAAGAGUGAUGAAAAUCGUUUAUAUAGAUCAAAAAUAAUAUUGGACCAAGAACAGAUCCUUGAGGUACACCACAGGAAAUUGUUGAGGGGUCAGAACUUAUGUUAUUUAUUUUAACUAUUUGUUGUCUAUCAGAAAGAUACGAGGUGAACCAUUUACUGGAUAAUCCUCUAAUUCCAUAGUAAUUCAACUUUUCUAUUAAAAUCUCAUGGUUUACUGUGUCAAAAGCUUUACUAAAGUCCAAGAAGAUUCCAAGCGAAUAAUCAUGUUCAUCAAUAGCUCUUUGUAUUUUAUCAGUUAUUUUAAGAAUGGCAUAUUCUGUUGAAUAAUUUCUACGAAAACCAAAUUGGUUCGCAUAAACCACAUUUUUCUUCUUGAGGAAGUCAAGUAAACGGUAACACAUAAGUUUUUCUAAAAGUUUAUUGAAAAUAGAAAGAAGGGAAAUUGGUCUAUAGUUGCAAAGGCUGGAUGGCGAAUCCUUCUUAUAUACUGGUAUAACAUUGGCUAUUUUAAAACUUGUUGGAACAAUUCCUGUCUCAAAUGAAGUGUUAAAUAAAGUUGCUAAAGGCUCGGAAAUUGCAAAUUUAAGGAUUUUGAGUAUGUGAACAGGUAUACUAAAUGGGCCGGCGGCCUUGCCAUUUUUAAGCUUGGAAAUUUCAGUCACAAUUUCUUCACUAGUUACUCGGAACAUAAAAAAGCUAUUUUGUACUGGGGUUUUUAAAUAAUCUAGAGGCGAGUUUUGAACAUUAGGUAUUACAUUAGAUAGAUUAUUACCUAUAUUUGAGAAGUAUUUAUUGAAAGCAUUAGCAAUCAUUUUUGGAUCAGUUAUUUCUACAUUAUUGUCAAAUAUUUUUAUACUUUUCUGAUUAGUAUUUGGCUUAGUUUUUAUUAUCUCUUUUAUUCCUUUCCAUAAUUGUUUACUAUCAUUUACAUUUUGGAUAAAGUAAUUAUUAUAAUAUUGUCUUUUAGCUAUUCUCAGGAGAUGAUUUAGCUUGUUCCUAUAAUAUUUAAAUUUGCUAUGACAAUAUGAAGAUUUUGUCUUCAGAUAUACCCUGUACAGUUUAUUCUUAACUUGAAUUGAUUUCUUAAUUGCAGAAGUUAUCCAUGGUUUUGAAUUAAAUUUCAAUUGUCUUUUACUUAUUUUCUUAAUGGGGAUAUGUUUAUCUACUAUUGUUGAAAUUUUAUCAUAGAAAGAAUGAAACAUGUUAGUUGGAUUAUUAUCAGAUGGGAAUGUUAUUUCCCAAUUAAUUUCUUGAAUUUCAUUUAAUAACGCAAUUUCAUCAAAUUUUGAGGAGUCUCUUUUAUAUAUAUUAAUACUCGAUCGGAGGGAGGAAAACUUAUGGAAAAUGAUGAAGUUAGGGCUAUUAGUAAAACACGGAGCACGGAGCACACGGAGCACGGAGCACACGGAGCACGGAGCACACGAACUACGGAGCAGUAGAAAAACGAAAAUCCUUUAUAAUAAAAUACACUGUUUACUACAAAUUUUUAUUACAAAUUUUUGUUCUUAUUAAUAAAGUUUUUUCGCGUUUUACACGCUGAGGAAGUAGAAAAAUGGGGCUUUUACUGCACAUAUGAUGCAAAACUGCCAAAAGCCAUAGUAUUUAAAAUAGGAUUGUGCCUGUGAAACUCGUCACAUAUCUAUCAAGCUUAUGAGUUAUGUAGUUAUAUUAUAUUCCGAUGGCCAACGCAUUAAGAAACACUUAGAGAACAGCCGAUAUAUUUCGUUACCCCUGCCAAAAAAUAGCCAAGUACUCAUCUUUCAAUGUAGCGGAUCGACUGAACAUUAUAAAAGCUUGUCAUGGAGAGAAGUGAAUUUUCGGUUUAUCCUUCGUCCCAGUGACCAGUGAGCAAUGUGCUGUACGGCCUACGCCGGUUUAAACCGUUAUACAUAAUUACUGCUUUCAUUCUUUCAAUCCGUUUUGAAUAUUCGGAAUCAUUCACUAUUAUAUUAUAAAACUGUAUAAGAUAGCUGUAGAACUAUAAAUGCUGUAGAAUAAAAUAAAUAAAGAAAACUACGUUUUAUCGCGGUAUUUGCCGAUAAAUCGGUAACCGCUACAGAAAAACAGAACAAAUUACAGUAAUUCACAACAAACCGCGGAAGUGGGACAAUUUUUGUAUUUUUACUGUAAGACAUGCAGAACAUGUACGAAAUCCAUACAGAAGUGUGUGUGUAUUCUAUACUUUUGAAACAACUAAAUCAGACUUCGGAAAAUUUGACAGUAUUAAAGCUACUUUUGAGAAUUUAGAUUUUAGGUCUUUGUUUUACAUGUACCCAGUAAAUAUUUUUGAGUUUUGAACUUUGAUUCUCACAAGCUUACAAUUUGUUUACAAUUUACUCUGCCUCUGGCUCUGCCGUGCAGAGUUGAUCGGAAUUGUAACAAAUACGCGUGCACUUAAGGUGGCUCCCUACAGUUAUUCUUGUUUAAGCAAUAAUUCCGUAAAACAGGCUUAUUCGUGCAGAACGCGAAUUCUUUUCAACUUGGUGGCAAUAUUGGUGACCUAAGGAAUAUUUCGAACUAGAUUUCGACGAUGUCAAUGUUCCCAUGGCAACAUGACGACAGCAUAAAGCCUUCCAAUUUAACCCCUAAAUGUGCCGCUAUCUCAAAAACGAUGUCGGUGACCUAUCUUUUUUAUUUUAUAUAUCAAUAAGGAAUGAUGCUCUGCAAGUGUGGUGAAAGUUUAAAAAAAUUCUGUAGUGUGUGAUUUUUUUAAAAGCGAAAAAUUCAUUGCGAAAUUUCCACACUACAGAUUUUUUUAAAAUUUGAAAUUUAUAAAAUUUACCGCAAAAUAAAUUCGUGGUCAAAAUUUGAAGAUAGGUCACCGAUGAAACUAAUGAGUAAAAUGCAAAUAAAGUUAGAAAAUAGCCUCGUGUAACUCGAGAAAUUCCCCUAUUGAAAAGCGUCGCUGACUAGUCAAAGAUCGUACGCGGGCGCAAAACGAGUUUUCAUUCAGCAAAAGCGAGCCGCAAUGUUGUUUUUACUGUUUUGUUUUUGUCAGCUUUUCGAUUUAUUUGAGUGCUAUGGACAGCCAAGAAUUAUUGUGAAGGAUUAAAUCGAUGAAAACAAGGUUGAAGCUAAUUGAAUCCUGCCGUUUACUCAAUCUAUGAGCUGUAACAGCCUAUUAACAGGUGGACGUGUUUUUUUGUUUCAUGUUUGGUUUUCUACUUUUUGCUAAAAAUGAACAAUUAGGCUAUGAAACUGAAAUAUUUUUCUGUUUACAUAUAAUCACUUUAAUCUUGUAGAAACACGACUAAAAACGUGAACGUUUUCUUGAGAAAUAAACAACUUUUUAAACAUCUGUUUGCAAUUUUGCAAAUGUUUUACAGUUGAGUCAAUUGACAGUGUAUAAAAAAAUUUAAAAAAUAUUGUUUCGUAGCUAUUUUUGGUCUAGUGAUAUUCGUAUCAUAUGUAGAAUUGCUGUAUAGACUCGCAAGUGAUUUGGCACUCAAAACGAAGUAUUAUUCAACGCUUUUUUCCAUUAGAAACCUUUCAGAAAUAGCUUUAUUUUUAAAAAAAGCAUGGUCAAUUUUUGUUUUGUUUUGAUCAUGCAGUUGCGUGGGAUAGUUUACGUAAUUAUCCCGCGAACAUCCCGCACGGAACUGUAGGGAGCCUCCUUAAAUGGCUUCCUGAAUUUAGUCAAUCAGAUGUGUAAAAAUUACUCGUUUCAAUUUUGUGUUUAUGCUCGAAACUGCUCAUGUUUACAAUAGCAAUUCUAACAAUCUUGCCCUCCUUUUCGCCUUUGAGGCGUUGGUGUUGAUUUAUACACAAAAUUCAAAACUCAAAAAUAUUUACUGGUCUGGGUACAUGUAAAACGAAGACCUAAAAUCUAAAUUCCCAAAAGCAGCUUUAGCCUUUAAUACGGUCAAAUUUUCCGAAGUCUGAUUUAGUUGUUUCAAAAGUAUAGAAUACACACACACUUCUGUAUCGAUUUCGUACAUGUUCUACAUGUCUUACAGUAAAAAUACAAAAAUUGUCCCACUUCCGUGGUUUGUUGUGAUUUUAAUACUGUAAUUUGUUCUGUUUUUCUGUAGCGAUUACCGAUUUAUCGGCAAAUACCGCGAUUUGAAAACUUACUUUUCUUUAUUUAUUUCAUUCUACAGCAUUUAUAGUUCUACAGCUAUCUUAUACAGUUUUAUAAUAUUGUGAAUGAUUCCGAAUAUUCAAAACGAAUUGAAAGAAUGAAAGCAGUAAUGAUGUACUGUAUAACGGUUUAAACUUAGCCGGCCGUACAGCUCACUGCCACCGGUCACUGAGCCGAAGGAUAAACCGAAAAUUCACUUUUCUCAUCACAAGAUUUAAUGUUUAGUCGAUCCGCUACAUUGAAAGAUGAGUAUACUUGGCUAUUUUUUGGCAGGGGUAACGAAAUAUAUCGGCUGUUCUCUACAGUAAGUGUUUCUUUAUGUGUUGCCCAUCGGAAUAUAAUAUAACUACAUAAGCUUGAUAGAUGUAAGAUAACGAGUUUCACAAUCCCAUUUUAAAUACUAUGGCUUUUGGCAGCCUGGUUUUGCAUCAUAUGUGUUUUUCAGUAAAAGCCCCAUUUUCCUACUUCCCCAACGUGUAAUACGCGAAAAAAACUUUGAUAAUAAUAACAAAAAAUUGUAAUAGUAAACAGUGUAUUUUAUUAUAAAGGAUUUUCGUUUUUCUACUGCUCCGUACUUCGUGUGCUCCGUGCUCCGUGCUGCUCCGUACUUCGUGUGCUCCGUACUUCGUGUGCUCCGUGCUCCGUGUGCUCCGUGUGCUCCGUACUCCGUCUGCUCCGUACUCCGUGUGCUUACUAAUAGCCUGAAGUUAGAGAGGUGGUCCGUUAAAUCAUAUACCACAUUACCACUUAUAGUAAAGUGUUCAACUGAGUUGAAGAAUAUAUUAUCAAUCAAAGUUGAAGAAUGAUCAGUUAUUCUAGUUGGUUGAAGAAUAUGAGGAAGAUAGAAGAAAGAACUCAUACUAUUUAUAAAGUUUUCAGAUGAUGUGUGGGAUUUCAAAAGAUCAAUGUUAAAAUCACCCAUCACAAGUGAUAAUUUAUUUUCCUGGUGAAUUUGUUCAAUUGUCUGAUUGAUGUAAUUCAUAAAAUUAUCUAGAUUCCCAUUAGGAUGUCUAUAAAUAAUUCCACACAAUAAAUUUUGUUUUCCCUUAAAAUGGAGUUCUAUCCAAAGAGCUUCAAAGUCCACAUUGGAGGUAGUAAAGCAAUUCGGAUAAUGUAAUUUAGAUUAUGUGAUAUAUAAAAAGCAACACCUCCUGCAUUAGACAAACUUGGUUGUGAAAUAAGAUCAUAUCCUGGCAUGUUAACAUUUGUUACAUGUUCAACGUCUUUUCUGAAUUUAGUUUCUGUAAGACCAAUUAGAGAAAAGGGAAAGUUUAAUUCGACUAACAUAUUAUGUAAAUUAUCGAAAUUGGCUGCCAAGCUUCGUAUAUUGCAGUUUAAUUAAAGCAGAAAAUGUUAUGGGGUCCAAUGAAAAUUGUUUAAUAUCAUAAUCAUUGCAAAACUCAUUAGUGCAAUAAUAAUUGAAAUUAUGUUCCAACGGUAAAUUCAAAUCAAUAUCAGAAUUUUUAAGCUGUGGAAUAUCUGAAAUCGGCGAGGAAAGGUGUAGAAAAGGUAGAUUAUCAAGCUGUGCUAUCCCUUCACCCACAUUUGUCCUAUUGUUAAUGAUAUUUGCCAUUGUUAGAAUUUAAGAUUAUCUGAAAAUAACAACCGGCAGUGGUGCAUGCACACAACAGCAACAGAAAAUUAUGGUGACUAAAGCUAUAAAUUAUAUUAAUAAGAAUUAUAUUAAUAGUUAUGUAGGCAAUUAUUAUAACUAUUAGAAUUAAAAGUUUGUUCAGGUGAGAAGCAAAUAAACUUGAGUUGAUGAUACUUAUCUUGAAUUUCGUAACAGAUUACUAAUAUCAUCUUUGCUUUUUAUGAGUAUUGCAGGACUAUCCUUGUCCUUUCUUAGAAAGAUUCGUCCAUUUGCUGUCCAUAUAAAAGAAUAACCCAACUCCUUCUUCGCUCUCCUUGCCCCUCCAAAUAGGGAUUUAUUUUUCUCAGUUAAACUUUCAUUGAUGUAGAUAAAGUUCGUUUAUACAUAGCCCAGGUCUUUCGAUGUCUUAUUUUUCAAUUCUUUUCGUGCUCUAUAAAAUAUUUCCUUGGUGUGACGGCGAACAAAUUUUACAAUAAUGGUCGGAUCUGCUUGCUUGCCUCUAUAGUUUGAUCUUAUUGGUAGGCGAUGGCUGACCGAUAUAUCUUCCUCCUUAAUAUUUAUACCCAUUAGCUCGCCGACAUUCACCACAAUAGAAUUAGUAUCAUCAAAAUUCUUUAAUGGAAUGCCUUGUAUUUCAAGACAUUCGCGUCUUGAAUAUUGCUCAAGGUCAUUAACUAAAUCCGUCAGCUGUCUUACUUGAUCAUCCAUAGUUUUAAUAGUUGCUUUCAAAAUUUUAUUUUCUGUUUUAAUGUCUUUCAUUUCAGCAUCACGCUGAGCUAAUUUUGUGAUAAUUUCAUCAUACUUUUCAUUUGCCAUAUCAAGAAACGCUCUAAUUUCUUCAGACUUUGCCUUCACUUCUGAAAUCUCCGAUUUUAGUGGAGCCAAUUUUUCGUCCAAAAUCGCUUUGAAUUCCUCUAAAUUUAUCAUAUUCUUCGACAUCUCCAAUGUUUUAACAGAUAAGAUUACAAAAACAAAACAAAUAACAAUAUAAUUGUUCAAAAAGAUCGACUAAAUAGUAGAUUUUAGCAGAGCCAAAAAAAAUGCCACCAUCUUGAAACUGGUGCUUCCACAUGGUGCUUCUAUCUUUUACUGUUAUAUAUAGUAAUUCAAGGCAGAGUAACGGCAGUAUAGAUCAAAAUAGGUGUAGCCAUGUUUCAGCUUGCUGCCAACAAGUAGAUUAAAUGCUAAGUACAAUUACACAUCUUCACAUCGUGACUCCAAUGGUGCAGCAAAGCAAAAUUACAAACAGUGUUCCCUUGAUAUUUCCUAAUCAUUUGCCAAGGAUGCAAAAAUUUUUGUUUUCGAAUACACAAAGUGGUUUGCAUUACUUGAAUAAAUGCAUUUAUUCAUUUUAAAAUCUUAUUUAGGUCAUUAUUGCUAAAUUAAGAUCAGUGCUCCACAAACCUAGCUUAAAUUCCUUGACUAUCUCUCUGAAUUCUUUAGGAAAAUGGGGGGCACUGUUCAAAAUCAUGCAAGAUAUAGUUAUAAUUAAUUUAUUUCGAAGCAAAUAAGUUGACCAUUAAAUAUCAUUAUCAAAUAUCGUUAUAUUAUUUGCAGAUAUUAAAAUUUAAAUAGAUUUACAAUGAAUUUUUUGAUGGAGUAAUGUGUGGACCUAUGACUUUACGUUAUGCAUAUCUGGGCGUGAAACAUUAUAGGUUGUAAUUAAGUACUUAUUACGUCAAUGACCAAUGCGAUUUAAUUAUAACUUGUUAUAUAAAACAAACUUAGUAGCAAAGCAAUGUCCACAUGGUAUUCAGUUGUCAAAUGUAACUUGUGAAAUAUGUACAAGACCACAAAUUACGGCUUAAAUACUUGUUUCCAUCUGAUUAUAUUUUUCAAAGUGUGCACACGCCCAUAAUGCUGUUAGAUUUAGUACGAUUAAAGUGAAAAUACAAAAAAAGGAUACAUGUAUCAAAUAGCGUACUUUAAUAUGUCAUUAUUAAUAUAUUUUAUUAUUAUUAUAUUAUAAAUGUUUAUUAUUUAUUUAGACGCACGUCAUUAAUACGCAAAACAUUAUUAAAGGUCCACUAACGAUUCAAAGAUUAAGGCCAAUGUAUUUUUAUGAAAUGUCAGACAAUCAUGCACAGUCAGACAAUUCUGGUCAAAAAUUCUUGGCGCACUUAGUCGAAAUAGCACAACCUUUACUUCAUUUCUGACUACCAUAUACAUACUUGCCCAUUUUAUGCAAAAUUUCAUGUCCAAACACCCUCUAUCCCCCUUAUCAAUGUUGUGUAACACCUUGGACGUAUAACACACUACACACAACAUUGAACGGUAGAAACGGGGGUUGCUAUGCUUGUUAUUGAAGUGGGAGUCAAAUUUCGCCCAGUCAGUAUCAUGUGCGCCAAUAUUUUUGACCAGGAUUGUAGGUGACCAAGAGAAAAACGUUUCAGCUACUGACUUGAGCGGGUCUUCUAAUCUCCAAUGAAACGAAUAGUAAAUAGUUCAGAAUACAUUGUAGUUCGUGGUUCUCAGUGUUUUGAUGUAGUUCCAUCAAUGAAUCGACAAACAUGGAAUCUGGAUCUUUUUUGCUGUAAAUGGUCGAGUACAUCUCUGCCAACCCUCAGUUUAAAGUACCCUCAUUGCCUCAGCGAAUUCACUCCAAACCAUACGCUUAGCAUUCACUCAUUCGAUCGCUUGUAAACCAUACAUUUGCCAACGUUCGUUUUCGUUCAUCACGAGGCAGUCAUGUUGCCCUUGACUGAGAUGACCGACUUCACAACCAUUACAGGAUUCACACAAAAUUUUUCAACUUCUUGUGCGACUGCAUUCGCAUAUAUUCCUUCCAAUAAAUUGUAAGACGCGGCUUUACCAUGUAGACACUCUAUGACUGAUGCAGAAUUAAGCGUUGUCAAAUGUAGAACUAUGCUUGUUAAAGGAUGUUAAAGUUAGAGACGUUUGUAUAAAAGUCGUUAAAUCAAACAACCAAUCACAGUAAGCCAAUCUUAAUCCCUCCAUUGUAUCACACACGUGGAGGGAUGCUAAAAGUGGCCAUCUUGCCCGAUCUUGCCCAAGCUUGCCCGCGUGACGUCAUGCAUAUUAAUUACCCUCCGCAAUUAAUGUGGAGGUAUAUUAAUGUGGAGGUAUAUUAUUGUGGAGUAUAUUAAUUAAUGUGGAGGUAUGUUAAUUAAUGUGGAGGUAUGUUAAUUAAUGUGGAGUUAUGUUAAUUACCCUUCACAUUUCUCCACAAAAUAAGGCCCGAUCGGCCUCCAUAUUACUACUUUAAGCUUUUCACGUUUACAUCUCAUGAUCGAACUGCAGGUAAGAUCUUCCAGAAAAGGUAGUGGAGUUCACUCUGGAAUCCUGAGAAAUUUCCUGGUAGGAUAAAAAUUGGUCAUAUGUAAAGAGCAGUUGCAAACUGAUGAUUAAUUAAGAAGUGUACCGUAAACCCCCGAAUGUAAGCCCACCCGAGUAUAAGUCUCCUAUGUGUAUUGGCCUAUCAUAACUAACAUUCAGGCCAUUCCAAAUAUAAGCCCCUCUAUAUAUAUAAGCCCCUCCAUUUACAAGCCUACAGGCUUUAUAUUAUUGAACAGUGACAGGGAUUCCAAUAGUGACAAUAAUUACACCAACUUGUUUUAUGUAUAGCUUAUAUACUAUAUGUUUAUAUUUCUUUUCCUUCACACUAUAGUUUACAAGUACAAUAAAUGUUAUUACUAACAUCCAAUGUCGUCCGUAUACAAGCCCCCCAUGCUUAUGAACGCUAGCCCAUGGCUUAUAUUCAUUGGUGUACCGUAGAACCCUGAAGUGUUAUGCUUAUACUGUCUUACCUUACGUGUGAAUAAUAAACAAUUUUCUGAUUAAUUUCAUACUAAAACAAUAAUGGCAGCAUGGCAGUAAAUUUCUUUUAUUAGGCCACUGUUUCUAGGUGUACUUUGGUUUUGGGGAAGAAAACAAUUCCGACCUCUUGAGCAUAUAUAUGUUUUCAUAUUUUCCAUCUACUUCCGGUUGUUCAAAAGCCGGUUAGCUUAACCCUGGGUUAACGUGAAAUUCUAAGCGUACUAGCUGCAUGCCCAGCAGCUUCUUUAUAAACCUGGAAAUUUUUUUCUGUUAUCUUGUCUGGAUCAUCAGAAGUUUAAUUUUCUAAAUUUUUGAAUGAAACAGACGUACAGAUAUACAUAAGCAUCAUAACAUAAUCGUGGUUUGAACAACCGGCCCCAGAAAUAGAACUAAAAUUUCCCCAGUACCUGAAUUAAAGAUGCUUCUUGGAAAUGAUAGAUUAAUAUUGUAAUAAAGCCUUGUGCUCUUGCCCGCAUGACGGCCGAGAGGGAAUAAAGGAGGUAUCCCGCGGUUGUACUUCCAGGGAUGCCCGAUAGAAUAGAAUAGAAUAUAUUUGCUCACAAAAAAUAUUUACAAUGGAAAUAUAGUUAAAAUACAAUAAUAUAAAGGAGCUAGGACCUUUUGAAAUCCUGCUAGACUUUUGAUAUAAGGCCCCUAUAUUGUUUUGAUUAAAAUAAAAUACAUGAAUCUAAAUUGGUUCAAUAUAUAUCAUACAUGUUUUAGCUAACAAUAUUUAUAUUAACAAGCAAAUAAUUUAAUUUUGCUUUUUUCUUAAAGGAAAAAUACGAUUUUUGAUUUUUAAUUUCUUCAUCAACACAAUUCCAUAUCGAAAUUCCCUUGUUAAAAACAGUGUGAACACGAUAGUUCCUCCUUUUAUAACUAACGUGCAAUUUUGAAGAGUUUCGCGUAUUAUAAUUAUGCAAUUCUUUAUUUUGAAUAAAGUAAAAGUUGUAAAGGUUUGGCAAAUUUUUAUCAUAAUUGAUGCAGCUAUACGUAAAUAGACUGCAAAGAUGAUCAUUAAUUUUGUAGAUAUUCAAGAUUUUAAGAUUAAAAAAUAAAGGUUCUGAAUGAUCUGUAUAAGAUUUAAAACACAUUAGUCGGACAAUUUUCUUUUGUAUCUUUAAUAACUUCUGUAAUCUUGUUGGAUAUGUAUUACCCCAAACUAGAUUUCCGUACGUAAGGUAUGGAUAGACCAAUGCAUAGUAAAUCAAUUGGAAAGUGUUUUUGUUUGUAUAAUGUCUUAAUUUAGCAAUCAUACCUGUAGAUUUAGUUAUGCUUUUUAAAACUGAGUUGAUGUGGUUAGUCCAUGUCAACUUUUGAUCUAAUGUGACACUUAAGAACUUUACGGAAGGCACCUGUUUAAUUAUAUCAUUAUUUAUUUUUAUUGUUAUCUAUGAAUCCAGUGAUUUAUUUUUGCACUUAAAAAUGACAAUUUUUGUUUUGGAUACAUUGAUUGAUAAUUUAUUUGCAUUGAGCCAUUGAACUACCUUAUCAAGUUCAUUUUGUAUAGUACAAGAUGAUGUUUUCAAGCACGAAUUUGAAUAGAAAGCAUUUGUAUCACCAGCAUAUAAAACGAAAGAAAUAAUAUCACUACAGUUCUCAAUGUCAUUAAUGUAUAAAAGAAAUAAUAAUGGACCAAGAAUUGAACCAUGUGGGACUCCUGUAGUAACAUUCAUUUCAGAUGACCUAUGCUGUUUAACUUUUACUAUUUGAGUUCUUCCGUUUAAAUAAUUCAUAAACCAUUGUAGACAUGUUCCUCUGAUCCUAUAGUGUUGUAGUUUGGAGAAGAGAAUUUCAUGGUUUACCGUAUCGAAGGCCUUAGAAAGGUCAAGGAAAACUCCUAUUGUUUAUUUACCUUCGUCUAAAGCUUUUGAAGUUUUAUCGGUUAGAUUUAGUAAGGCGUCUUCUGUAGAUCUAUUUCUUCGAAAACCAUACUGAUGAUUUGAUGAUAAUAUGUUAUGUUUUUCUACAUAGUUAAAUAGUCGUUUGUACAUAAUUUCUCUAGUAAUUUUGAAAAACAUGUCAAAACCGAUAUUGGUCUGUAAUUUUCAAAUAGAUUAUUUUCAUUUGCUUUGAAAAUAGGAGUCACUAGAGCUAUCUUUAGAAAAUUUAGAAUUUUUCCAGUUAAAAACGUUGAAUUAUAAAUAUGUGUUAGAGGUUUAACAAUUUCUUCGCCUAUUGUUUUCAUCAUCUUGGAGUAGCGCAGACAAUAAUAAUGAAAAUUAGUGAAAACCUGGCGAAAAUUUAUAGUGGAAACCUGGAGGGCACUGGGGGGGGGGGGGCAUUGAGCAAUUGAGCAAAAAUCCAUUUGUCAUUAUUGCUUUUAAUAUACUUUGCCAUACAUGAAGAACACCCGUAUAUGAAUGAUGAUGGCUUAUGGCAAAGAUUAUGAAGCUUGCAGAAACAUUGAGCAUUGUUCUUAGUUUUUGUCUUAGUGUUUCGAGACAUUUCGAUUAAACUUCUGCUAACGCAGCCUGUACACAAAUAUACUCAUUUGUUUAUAAAAGCACAUACAAAAUUUAGGGUCUUUUUUACUGUAACACACCCGCCAGGGGGCAAAUACCUCCCCUCCAGUCGACUCCCCCCUUGUGCCCCCCACAAAAUCACAUUUGCUCCUUCCCCAGGAAAAGUCCCUUUUUCCUAAAUUUAUACAAACAAACCAGCGAAGAGUAACAAAUAGAUAAACGGAAAGUAAGUUUUAGGCUUUAUCCUUUGUCCUUGUUUAAAAAGAUUUAAAUCGUUACGUUUUUUUACUACUAAGUAAUGAUAAGUUAUUGUUAAUUGUUAUUUAUUUUUUGUGCGUUUUUUCUUCUUUUAUUUCAAAUACAAGUAUAGUUAGCAUACAUUUUAAAGCAAAUUUGGAUGCUCCGAAUGCAGAAAAUUGCAUUUCCGGACUUCAAAUUUUACAAAAAUUUUCUGUGGAAGUAUGCCCCCACACACGUGGCCUUUGGCCAUUGCUAUCCCCGUCUAAUAAGUAAUGAUAAAUUAUGGUUAAUGGGGAGUAUGCCCCCACAUCCCCUGAGGAUUCAUGCGUGGUAUGUAUUCCACAUUAUCUCACGGAAAGGACCCUUUUCAAAAAAUCCCCCCCCCCCCACGGGAAAAUCCUUGAAAAAGGCCAUGAAUUAAAAUCUCGAACAAUGUUGUAUAUGUGUACUGUGUAAGCAAAGCGGUCUGGCAAACUAAUACUGUGCCUCCCCCCCACCCCCCUCCUCCAAAGAAGAUUAGGCCCGUACGCCCAGGUAAACAGAUAAACCGUGAGACUGGGAAGCUCUGCCUAUUUUUUUGCCAACACCACCGUAAUUUUCUAAAUUUCAAGGCCUUCAGGAUUUUAUAGACAUACAAUAAUGUGAUACAUAUUUAUAACAAUUUGUAUUUUAACUUGAUCACGGGUUACAUUUGGAUUGUGUUCUCGACGAAUCUUUGUAUGCAUGGUCUCUGUAGGCUGUAGCAAAGCAACUUUCCACGACCUUUAAGUUCCUUUCCGAGCCAUCACAAUGUUUACAUCUUCGGACCACCAACCCAGAGUGAGAGUCUCUCAGUCUUCGACCUCAACGAAUAUUUAUUUCAUAUAAAUCUCGAAGCGUCUGUCGAGGCUACGGAUGCUCGCAGAAUUUCUAGAAAUUCAUGUUGUGAUCAGAUGUCGAGAUCGGUAUGCUCAUUGGAAAAAACGUUCCGACAGCCUUUCAACCACCAAGUGUUACUGCGGAAAAGACGAAGAACCGUGGGCCGAAGAGUACAGAUUUGGUUGAACAAUCAUUGGACAUGUUUGUUUAGACAAUGAUAGCCAGAAACCAGUCCAGCACAAAGCUUCAGUCGACAGAGUAUCCGUUCAAUAAGAGCAACGUCUGAGCUAUGGCUUCAGUAACCUUCAUCGCUAGCAACUGUAACAAGAAAAAUGUUACUAGUCCUCAGCAAGUUCGAGAGAUGAUGGAACUCGCCACUACAACGAAUUACAUUAUAGUCGAAAGGUUCGUGGCACAGAGCAAGUAUAGAGUCACUAGAAGAUAAAGUUUUAAUGAUAUUCUCAGUACUCAGAUACAUGAGAAUGAAAUUGGGAAACGCCCAUUCUAAACGGACAAUGUCAACCUUCCUAACAACAAGGAACAGUGUGUUAAACGUCUUUUAUCGCUCAAGAGAAAGUUACUAAUUCGGAACGACGCAAUCAAGAAAGAAUAUACAGAAUUCAUAAAAAAAAUUUUGAUCGUGGCCAUGCAAGCUACAUACCAAAAGAACAGUUGCAAACAACACCCGAUCAAGUAUGGUACCUUCCACAUUUCGAUGUUCAUCACCCUAAAAAAACAGAGGAAAUCCGAGUGGUCUUCGAUUGCAGCACAGCUUUCGACAACCAAUCGUUGAACAAGCUCUUGCUGCAAGGACCAGAUUAGAUGAACAGUUUGAUCGGCAUGCUUUUGAGAUUUCGCAAGGAAUAUGUCGCCAUCAACUGCGACAUUGAACAAAUGUUUCAUAGUUUCUAUGUUAUUCCCGAACACUGCAAUUUCCUUCGUUUCUUGUGGUUUAAAGAUAACGAACUCAAUGGACAGAUAGUGGAAUGUCGAAUGAAUGUACAUGUCUUCGGGGCAACUUCUUCUCGUGGCGUCGCUAAUUUCAGUUUACGAAAAACAGCAGAUGUUGGACGAGAACAAUUUGGAAAUGAAGCUGCAGACUUUCUCCAAAACUAUUUUUACGCAGAUGAUGGAUUUACAUCGUUAUCAACUGACAAAGAAGCUAUUGAUGUGAUAUAAACCACCCAAGCAAUGUGCGCGAGCGCCAAUUUACGUCUACAUAUAUAACUCUGCCAGUAAUCGACGAGAAGUUCUAGAAUCAUUGCCAGUAAAUGAUUGAGCCAAAUAUCUUAAAGACAUUGAUCGACGUCACGACGUGCUUCCAGUUCUAAGAUCGUUAGGAACAUUCUGGUGUAUAGAGUCCGACACUCUUGGUUUUCGCAUAGAACUGAAAGAUAAACCAGCUACACGUCGUGGUAUCCUCUCCACAAUCUACGACCUUCUUGGGAUCGUCGCACCUGUUAUCUUAGUCGGUAAGCAAAUCCUAUAGGACCUCUGUAGUCAGAAUGUGGACUGGCACGAUCCGUUACCCGAAGACGUUUUAAUGAGAUGGGAAAAAUGACGCAAUGAAUUACCACUGCUCGAGAAAGUUAAAGUUCCACGUUGCGUCAAGCUGCCAGAGUUCGAACACCUUGUUAAAAUAGAGAUUCGUAGUUUCGCCGACGCAAGCGAAAAGGGAAUUGGUGCAGUAUUAUAUUUGAUAAUAGUCAACGUCAAGAAAAACGUCCAUGCCAUUUCAUAGAAAAAAUUGUCAAAGUACAAAUUUUGUUCGUCUGUAUGGGUCAACAAAGAAAACUUGUCAAAGUAAUCUGAGAAUUUGAUGUGAUUGGCCAGUGCACGCGUUGUCCGCUGGCGACUAAUAAAUUGUCAAAGUAAACUUCUUGACACGUUCACCCCAGUAAAUAAAACUUGUCAUAUGAAAACUUGUCAUAUAAAAUUUGUUGCAUAUAUACACACGUGCACUUGGCAAAUGAAACUUGUCACAUAAAAACUUGUCAUAGAAAACCUGCUCGUCUGUAACCCAUGGCCAGAAAUGCGAGACAUGCGCCUGCCUUGUACAGCGGCUACUUGAGAGGUACUUGGUUUAACUAAUUUAAAUUAACUCGAAUUUAAGCAAAGCGAAGCCAGACAGAAAUAUUGCUCAAAUUAUUCAAAUGAUAUUGUUUUAAAAUAGUAUUUUUACACGUAGUUAUAUAGUUCGCAUAUUCACGGAGACAUUUAUUCAAGCUAUGGCUCUCAUUCGUGCGUAAAUUACAACUAAGAUAUGACAAAAUUCUUAUGUUGCUUAGUAUUUAUAUUGCGCAAAAUAGCAUUGUAAUAUGAUCUAAUGCGCUUAGUAAGUAUCUCCCGAUCGAGAUACUUUGCCGUAUACUGAUUUGGUCAAAUACAGCACAUUCUCCCCUCUGGAUACAUAAAUUUCCCCUCCUGUCCUUCCGUAUUAAAAAGCCUGGUACCUGAGCUUCUUGUUGAUACCAAAAUGGCGCAUUAUAUUCAAAAGAAAACAUGGUUCGGACGCGUUUUUUAAUCAGACGUCGAUAUAAACCUAUAUUCGCGUAUAUUGCGUCGUGUCUAUAAGUUAAUUUUCGUGGUUUUCAACGUUUAUGGGAACCCAUAUAGUAAUCAUCAUUGCUGAUAGAAAGCCCAGAUUCUGGACUUCGUUUUGAUAUCAAAUAUGGCCGGCUAUAUGAAAAGGAUAGAAUGAUAGAUGUUGUUUGUACAUGUUUAUCGCGUCUUCGCUCACAUGAAAAUUAUCGUUUGUGGAUAAUUCACUUGUCAAUUUUUACUGCAUUUCUCGGCAAAAAUGGACGGUCUAAAAUAUAUCAGAUCACUUCGAAAAUAACAGACGGAAUACUUGAUGAUGUGAAGUUUACGAGGGAAGUGAGGCAAAUUGGACAAGAAAUGAAACGGGUUGUAACAUUUUGAUCGAAACUGGCCAUUUUCGCGUAAAUUGGGCACAUUGUAUACAGUUCAUAGGAGCCAGAUCUGUGCCGCGAUACGGGUAAAUGAAUGGACGUACUAGGAGGUAAUAAUAUGACAUGAUAUUUAUCUUAUUUGACUACAAAUGUUUUGUUAUUUUCAAAAAUAGUGAGGCAAAUUUUGUAACAGCGAUUGAACUGGCUUAUAUUUACAAAAAAUGGUGCUCCCCUAUACUAUUCUAUAGUAGCGUUUCGGCCAUUUUGUUUUUCGAAGUUCGCACAUGCUCAGUGCAAAUGUCUUGAAUUUCUGGCCAUGGGCUUAAAAAUGAACUGAACUAUCAACCAACAAAGAAGUUCAACAACCACAACCAACAACCCAUAUGUUGUGCAACAACCCAUAUCAUGAGUCUAAUUAAAUACGGUUGUCGACGAAAAAGGGAAAAACGAUGAUCAUUGCCGAAUUCACCAAAGGUUUUCUUUGGGUGCCGUUUACUGCUAUACGCAAUUCUCGCAGUUCUAGUUAUUUCUAUAUCUGGUGAUGUAGAAUCUAACCCUGGACCUGCAUCGAUUACUAAUAGUUAUCAAGCAAGUGGUUUUCUUCAAUCUCGGGUUCUUAAUGUUGCACAACUCAAUAUCAGAAGUAUCUACAAUAAAAUAGACUUAUUAAACUUCUACUUAAUGAAAAACCUUUUGAUAUUUUUACGAUCUCUGAAACCUGGCUAAACUCUGAUAUAACUAAUGGUGAAAUCUCUAUUCCUGGCUAUACGUUUUCCAGAAAUGAUCCGAAUGGAAGAUCUGGUGGUGGUACGUUGGCAUUUGUGAGUAGCAAUAUCGAAUCCACUGUUAUUGAAAUUACUCAUUCGAAAUGCAAAAGACUUUUUAUAUUCACAAUUUAUAAAGCUCCUGAUCAAUUGUUAGUGUGACGUUAUUGUCAUAUAUUAAUUAUUAUAUUAAUUAUUAUGCAGUUGAUAUUAAUUAUGUUUACAUGUCGUACUUUAGCAAGCUAGACUUGACAACCGCUGACAUACUGACUUGUUGGCUCUGAAUCGUUGACAGAACGUUCGAAGAAUCAAAAAUAGCGAAGUAUUCUAGUUUUUUAAGCCGUUUAAAAGGAGUUUAUAGUCUUUCAUAGUUGAGAAAUCAGAAGUAAGUCAAGUGUGAUGUAUCCUGCUAUUAAUUUCUACAGAUUUAUCUUAGUUACAGCACUUAUUUACAUAUAUUGUCCUUUAUAUUAUUCCUAGUUUUUACCGCGCUUGUGUAUACGUGUGUUUUGCUAAAUAAAGUCUUGUAAAUGGAGUAGUCCACACAGCACAGUGGUUAAUACAUGCGAACUUGGUGCAUCAGCAACCUUCUCGUGGUGCAUUGAGAACGCGACAGUAAAAAUUCUGAUCUUUAUCCAGAAGAGAUUCGAGGUAAGCCAUAUUCAACCUCUCUUGUCCAUAUAAUUAUAAAGUAUGAGUAACCAGGGCGACAGAGACUUGUCCGAACCAAGUCAAGUACCAGACGGUCAAAAGCGGAGAAUUACUCGAUCAAAUAAAGUUUUUCAAGACACUGUAAAUGACAAACUUGAAAUAGCAAUUUGUAAACGUACCAAACUGAUUGCACUUUUUAAAAAAAUCGAAGAGUGCGAAGAUUAUAUCAUCGAAAGCCACAUGAACGAACUGAUGCAGGUCACAAAUGAGUAUGAACUCAUUACUUAUGAACUGAAAUGUUUGUUUGAACAUGACAAUUAUGGGGAUUUUAAAGAAGAAGCUGAUUGGCUUCAGCAGGACCAGACAGUUAGCCAGGCACAUAGUAUGAUUAAAAAAGUGAAAACUAAUCAAUCUGACAGACGCUCAGAGGCCCCCUCCAGGCGCUCAAGAUCACAUUCACACCACAGCCGCCGAUCAUCUUCAUCGACAAGUAGUUACACUAGACUAAACGCUUUAGCAGAAGCUGCUGCAGCCCGUGAAAGCGCAGAAUAUGAACGGGUGAUGGCAAGAAAAGAACAUGAUUGUCGCCAGCGAGAAUUGGAGCAUGCAAAAGAAAUGGCAAUAUUAAUCGCAGAUAAGAAAGUAGCCAUUGCCAACGCAAAGCUUAAAGCUAUUGAAGAAGCAUUGCAAGAAGAGGAGUUAGGAGAAAGAGUCAAUAUUCCGGAAAUUCUGGAGAUGGGAGUUGAGAAGAGAACGGAUGACUGGGUAAACUCGGUCAUCUCACAAGAAAAUGCUUUGCCUGGGACGAACCCCUCACCCUUUGUUAAUGUCCUCUACGACCACCUUGUUCCCCACAACCCCACCAGAAACCUCUGCGGUACAGUUCCAGCAACGAGUGCCCCCUACGACCACCUUGUUCCCCACAACCCCACCAGAAACCUCUGCGGUACAGUUCCAGCAACGAGUGCCCCCUACGACCCCCUUGUUCCCCACAACCCCACCACAAACCUCUGCGGUACAGUUCCAGCAACGAGUGCCCCCUACGACCCCCUUGUUCCCCAUGGCACCACCACAAAUAUUGGCAGUACAGUUCCACUAUGGAGUGUUAGUAACAGCCCUUAUCGAACACCUGGCCAGCCAUUCAUUUCCCAAUUUAGUCAAAUUGGAGACGCAACCGGAAGUCAAUUAAUAGAGUCGUUGACGUCAGCUAAUCAGCAAGUGGUCGCUGGCCUAGCAAGACAAAACUUGCCUAAAUGUCAUCCAGACAUUUUCAGUGGUGAUGCAACACUCUUCCACCCCUGGAAACGAGCUUUCAAAGCUAUGAUCAAAGACACAUCCGUCACCGCAGAACAAGAGAUCAAUUAUCUACGUAGUUUCACUCGUGGAGAAGUCCAGCGUGUUGUAGACAAUUUUAGAAAACGCCAUCAUAAUGACCCCACAAGCCUUCUUCAGAACCUUUGGAAAGAACUAGAGACACGUUUUGGAAGCGCAGCCGUCAUAACAAACGCCUUGUUGGAGCGUUUACACAACUCGUCGAAUUUCCACGAAAAAGAUUAUGCCAAACUUCAAGAAUUUGCAGAUCUGUGUGCAGACGUGGACAGUCAAAUUGACAACCUACCUGGUUUAGCUUGUCUGCACUACCCUGGAGCUAUUCGUCCAAUCGUUGAAAAAUUACCGGUAUCCCUUAGAACGAAGUGGGAAAAGGAAGUUGUUAAACAUGCGGAAAGUCAUCAUGAUGCAUAUCCAGGCUUUAAUAUUUUCACUCGGGUAGUAAACACUCAAGCGAAAGUUAAGAACCACCCGAACAUUCUUGCAGGCAGCCUUCAGCAAUCCGUCUUUGAAGGACGUAAAGAAAAACCCAGAGACCGGAAGGCCCUGCGAACAAACCUGGACGACGAAAAGGACGCCCACCAGGACCCACCAUCACCAGUACCUCCUGUCAAGAAGUGGUGCCCAUACCACAAGUGUGACCGUCAUGGUCUGACCGAGUGCAAAGCCUUUGCAGCGAAAUCUUUGAGUGAAAGAACCGAGUGGAUACAGAGAGCCGGACUGUGUUUUCGGUGCUUUGGGGAGGGACAUCAAGCCAAGAAAUGCAAAGUCAAGAUCAGCUGCACAGUUUGUGGUAACGAUCGUCACCUUGCUCUGCUACACAAAGAAAAAGUACGCGAAGGUGGCAAAGAUGAGAAGAGCACACAACACGAAGGCGAAGAGGAUGCAUCCAAGCAGAUAACAAAUACUUGCACAGCAGUAUGCGGAGAUAAUAACGGUGGCAUUUCCUGUAGUAAAAUCUUGCUCGUGGACAUUGUUAAACCGGACGAACCCAAUGUGUCCUCCCGAGUAUAUGCAAUUGUUGACGACCAAAGUAACAGUUCUCUUAUUAGCAGCGAACUAGCGGACAAGCUUGGAGCAGAUGGUCCAAUGGAGAAAUAUUACCUAUCAACCUGCAGCGGCAAUGGAGAAACAAAAUUUGGUCGCAGAGUUUCCGGGCUGGUUAUAAGAUCUGCAUCAAAUGGUAGAGAGACGCACUUACCAACGCUUGUAGAGUGUGACAGUUUUCCCGAUGACAAGAAGGAGAUACCUACUCCUGAAGUAGCACAGAGGUUCCCUCAUCUUCAGGAUAUUGCCCAAGAGAUUCCACCUAGAGAUGAGAGUGCAGGCGUGCACAUUCUACUUGGUCGAGACGCAACUGAGCUGCUGAAAGUUCGAGCAUUCAAGAACGGUCCAAAAGGUGCCCCCUGGGCACAGAAGCUGUUGUUAGGGUGGACCAUUACCGGUCAAGUAUGUUUGAAUUCUUUGAAUGGACCCGUCCACAUCGGAAGUCGAAAGACGAGUGUAGUUCCAGAUAUCAGUGAUGAGACGCACAAACGGGAAGAUUCAACCUCUGUUAAAGUAGAUGGUGUGGAGUAUUACGUAGUUCCAUGUCCAAACCAACUGGAAAUCACUGACAGUGUCACAGGGAGUAACGUGUUCUGCUCAACCCCGCUUGAUAAUGAGACCGGCCUUUCCAUCGAAGACCGGAGAUUUCUGGAGGUGAUGGAGAAACAAAUCCACAAAAACAGUACUGGACACUGGGAAAUUCCCUUGCCAUUUCGCCAUGCAGACACUGUUUUGCCUAAUAACCGUCCUCAAGCUAUCCAUCGUCUCAAUGGCCUACUAAAGACACUAAAGCGAAAGCCGCAAAUGGAGAAAGACUACCUGGAGUUUAUGGAGACGAUGAUCAGUAAAGGACAUGCAACACCGGUCCCAUCAAAGGAAAUACAUGGACAGAGAGGCCAUGUUUGGUAUUUGCCGCAUUUUGGAGUGUACCACCCCAAGAAACCAACCAAAGUACGCGUUGUGUUUGAUGCGUCAGCCGAGUUUGACGGCGUGUCGUUGAACAAGAUUCUAUUACCUGGUCCAGAUCUCAAGAAUAGCUUGCUUGGCGUUUUGUUUCGUUUCCGCAGAGAAAGAGUGGGAGUAAUGUGCGACCUCGAGCAAAUGUUCUAUUCCUUUUACGUCAAUCCCGAACAUCCGGACUAUCUACGAUUCCUCUGGUACAAAGACAAUGACCCCCAGAAGCAAGUGAUUGAGUAUCGCAUGAACGUUCAUCUAUUCGGAAACGGACCGAGCCCAGCAGUAGCCACCUUUGGGCUGAGAAAGACUGCAGUGGAGGGAGAGGAGAAGUAUGGCGAGGAGGUUAAGGACUUCGUGUACCAUAACUUCUACGUUGACGACGGCCUAGCGUCUCUUCCUACUGCCGAAGAAGCUAUCAAACUUGUCACCAGUGCCCAAAACGCCCUAGCAUCGUCGAAUCUGAGGCUGCACAAAGUCGUUUCCAACUCCGUAGAGGUUAUGGAAACUCUUUCAACAGAAGACAGAGCAAAAGGCCUACGUGAUUUAGACCUUCGUCGGGAUACCCUUCCCGCCCAGCGGUCUCUUGGAGUUUACUGGGACCUCGAGAACGAUGCGUUUACAUUCCAAGUUUCCCUACCCAAAAAGCCUUUCACCCGCAGAGGAGUCCUUUCGGUGAUAAACAGCGUGUACGAUCCCUUUGGAGUGGCAGCGCCGGCUAUGUUACAAGGACGAAAACUAUUACAACAGCUGAUAGCUAUGAGCAAAGCGACUGACGACAACACCCCUCUUGCAUGGGAUGACCCUCUUCCCGAAAAGAUCAUGAAUCGAUGGCAGUACUGGAAAGAUUCCCUCCGAGAUUUACAACACGUCUCUAUUCCUAGAUGCUACCACCCAAAAGAAUUUGGCACAACAGCGAGAGCGGAGUUACAUGGUUUCUCAGACGCAAGUCAGGACGCCAUUGGAGCGUCGGUGUACCUAAAGCUUUGGAAUGAGAAAAAGGAAGCGUCGGUGUCGUUCGUCUACGGGCAGGCGAGAUUGGCCCCGAUACAUCCCGUCAGCAUACCUCGUCUAGAGCUUUGUGGAGCAGUCCUAGUAGUCGAGGCAGUAAAGAAGAUAUUAAAGGAGAUUGACAUGGAAAUCGCACAAGUUACUUACUACACGGAUUCGAAGGUAGUCUUAGGCUACAUUACUAACGAAAGCAAGCGUUUCUAUGUAUACGUCGCAAACAGAGUUCAGUUAAUACGAAGCCUAUCAUCACCUGACCAGUGGAGGUAUGUCGAAAGUGAGUGCAACCCGGCCGAUCUAGCGACGCGUGGCGUCAAACCCAGUAAACUGAUGGAAUCGAGUUGGCUGUCGGGUCCAGAAUUCCUAAGAAGCACUGACAUCACCCCUCAAACGAAUGAAAUUUACCCCCUAUGCGAGAGCGACUCCGAAGUACGAAAAGAAGUUGACACCCUGGCAACUAAAGUCAACACAUCGAACGAUGCGAUUGGACUGGGAGCGAAGAGGUUUGAACGAUUCUCAAGUCUUUCGUCACUACAGCGUGCGAUUGCGGCACUAAUAGUCAUAGUGAGGAAAUUCAAGCAACGAAGAAAUCAACCCACUAGAACCGAGCCAGAGGAGGACCUACUGCUACACCAUAGUACGGGAGCGUUGGAACAGGCAAUGGCUGUGAUAGUCCGUACAACGCAAGGAGAAAUAUUCAGCGGCGAACUACAACAAUUACAGCGAACGGCCACAACUCAAGACACGAGACAACGCAGAGAAGUUGUGACGGAUAAGAAAUCUCAAAGAAGAACUCGCUUGUAUCGUCUUGAUCCAUUCGUUGACAGCGAUGGCAUACUCCGCGUUGGUGGACGUCUUCGGCGAGCAGAGUUCGAGUUUGGAGAGAAGCACCCCAUCAUCUUGCCGCGGAAUGAUCAUGUCUCCAAGUUGGUAGUACGACAUUACCACGGGCGAGUGCACCACCAAGGAAGGUCCAUUACACGAGGUACAGUGCGCCAAGCUGGCUACUGGAUAGUCGGGGGAUAUCACGUCGUAUCGAAAGAAAUACAUUCCUGCGUCACCUGCAAGAAGUUACGGGGCCGGCCACUGGAGCAGAGAAUGGCUGACUUGCCUGCGGAUAGGUUGGAAGUUGGUGCUCCAUUCACAAACGUCGGAUUUGAUGUAUUCGGUCCGUGGGAAGUCCAUACGAGAAAAACCAGAGGCGGUGCGGCUAAGUCGAAGCGUUGGGGCCUCGUAUUUACCUGCCUCGCAAGUAGAGCAAUACACAUCGAGUUGUUGGAAUCCAUGGAUACAAGUGCCUUUAUUUGUGCUCUCAGGCGCUUUUUCGCACUACGUGGCCAGGCGGCGAUAUUACGAUGCGACCGAGGCACGAACUUCAUCGGAGGAGAGUCGGAGUUGGAAGAAGCCUUCAAAGAAAUGGAUCUCGGAAAGGUCCAACGAUUCGUCACGGAACAAGGAUGCAAGUGGGAAUUGAAUCCGCCACAUGCAUCACAUUUUGGGGGCGUGUGGGAGAGGCAAAUCGGGACCAUUCGUCGCGUUUUAGACGGCAUGUUCGUUGAAUUCGGUAAGACUCAGCUGACCCAUGAUCUCCUAGCAACCCUAAUGGCGGAAGUAACAGGAAUUGUCAAUGCUCGGCCAUUGACUGCGGUGCCAACGGACGUCGACGACCCACAACCACUGUCACCUGCUAUGCUGAUUACCAUGAAGACCCGUCCUCUAGGACCUCCACCUGGCAAAUUCCUACCAACCGACUUGUAUUCUUGUCGUCGGUGGAAACGAGUUCAGUACCUCGCAGAUCAAUUCUGGCGAAGGUGGCGCCGAGAAUACCUUCAGUCUCUUCAAUCGAGAAAAAAGUGGAACAAGGUGCAGAGAGAUCUCGUCGAAGGGGAUGUCGUGUUGAUGAAGGAAGAUGGAGAAUAUCGUAACGACUGGCCCAUGGGACGAGUCACGAACGCCAUUAGGAGUCAAGAUGGCAGAGUGAGGAAAGUUUCUAUCGCAAUUGUGAAAGACGGAAAGAAGAAAGUUAUGUUGCGCCCUAUCAAGGAGCUGAUCCUUCUGGUGCCCGGAGUUGGGGUGAAGCAAGACUCAACCAAGGACGGUGAGAAAGAAUAG